AUGGUCCAGCCGGCUGAAGCCGGUGCGGGCUUGGUUAUGCUUACCUGGACAUCUCACUAUCCGCGAACUCAGGUGCCAGCUAGCCGCUUCCGAGCCCGCCAUGCCAAGGUUAGACCCUGCAAAGAACAGCAGUCACCCAACUUACCCCGCAUCGAGGUACUCUUCUAUCUCAAUGUCUCUACUCGGCUCAGUGUCUAUCGUUCAAUAGCAACAACAACGGUCAUCCAUCAACGCGCUCUUUAUAAUUACGACAGGGGCGGAAGUCCUUGA